AUGGCUCGGCGGGUCGGGCGUCGGCAAACCUUGGAUGGGUGUUUGCGAGAAAUCAGUAAAGCCACUCAUCAGCCCGAGUGCUUUCUCACGAUUCAAGAUGGAUUGGCAUCAAAAUUUACCUCAUUAACAAAAGCACUUUAUGACUUUCAUAAGAUAUUAGAGGAUGGGAGUAUCCAUGGGAGUCCUUUGAAAAAACUAGAAAUUAACCAUUUUGAUGAUGAGCAGAUAUGGCAACAACUGGAAUUGCAAAAUGAACCAAUUUUACAGUACUUCCAGAAUGCAGUUAGCAAAGCAGUGAAAGACGAGGAGGACCUCAGUCUUCUCCCAGAGGCUGAAGAGCCAGAACUUAAAGAGGGCAGUUCAGAGAUGGAGUCUGAUAGGGAAGAGGAUCUAGAGCAAGACUUGGAGGAAGGAGCCUCGUCAGAUCUUAAUGGUGAUCAGCUCGAACGACAAGAGAGCAGGAAACACCUGAGCAAACUCGAUCCUGGGAGUAGUCCAGACUUCAGCGAUGACGAUUCAGACUGUAACUUUGAUAUUAACAAAUUGGAACAGCAGACCAAGGCGCAAAACAAAGUGGUGCCUCGGAAACCCAGAGAAAAGUCGAUAGUAGACGAUAAAUUCUUCAAACUCGCCGAAAUGGAAACCUUCUUAGAAAACAUAGAAAAAGAAGAGGAAAAGAAAGGUGGUGAGGAGGAAGAGGAAGAUAUAAAUUUUUUUGAAGAUAUUGAUUCUGCUGAAGAGGAUGAAGCACUGUUUGGAAGUCAGAAACCUAAGUCAGAUGAAAGUUCCAGAAACCUGAAAUACAAAGAUUUCUUUGACCCAGUUGAAAGUGAUGAAGACCUAGCAAGUGACCAUGAUGAGCAGAGUUCAGAUGAAGAAGGGGACGUAUUUGAAAUGAUGGAAGAUAGUGACCUUGAAGAAAGUGAAGGUGGUAAACAGCAUGAAGAUUUGAAACGUGUGACCUUUGCUUUGCCAGAAGAUGAAGAAAUUAAACAUAUGAAAGACGUAAAGAAAGAUGCUGAUGAUGUUAAAUCAUCUUUUGAAAAAAGACAGGAAAAGAUGAAUGAAAAGAUUUUGUCUUUAGAAAAAGAGUUGUUGGAAAAAAAACCCUGGCAGCUUCAAGGGGAAGUAACAGCACAAAAGCGACCCGAGAACAGCCUUCUGGAGGAGACCCUGCACUUUGACCACGCAGUCCGGAUGGCACCUGUGAUCACAGAGGAAACCACCCUUCAACUAGAAGAUAUCAUAAAGCAGAGGAUAAGAGAUCGGGCUUGGGAUGACGUAGUACGUAAAGAAAAGCCCAAGGAAGAUGCAUAUGAAUAUAAAAAGCGUUUAACACUAGACCAUGAGAAGAGUAAAUUGAGCCUCGCUGAAAUCUAUGAACAGGAAUACAUCAAACUCAAUCAGCACAAAACAACAGAAGAAGAAAAUCCCGAGCAUGUGCAAAUACAGAAGAUGAUGGAUUCACUCUUCUUAAAAUUGGAUGCCCUCUCAAACUUUCAUUUCAUACCUAAACCACCUGUACCUGAGAUGAAAGUUGUGUCGAAUCUGCCGGCCAUCGCCAUGGAGGAGGUAGCCCCAGUGAGCGUCAGUGACGCAGCUCUCUUGGCCCCGGAAGAAAUCAAGGAGAAAAAUAAAGCCGGAGACAUAAUAACAGCUGCUGAGAAAACCACUACAGACAAGAAACGAGAACGAAGGAAAAAGAAAUACCAAAAGCGUCUGAAAAGAAAGGAGAAGGAAAAACGAAGUCAACUGCUAGAAAAAAGGCAAGCCGACCAGGCAGGGAAACCCACCAAAGCAGUGGCCUCACAGAAGCUGAAGCAGCUGGUGAAGGCUGGGAAGACGUCGAUACUGAAGGAUGAAGGAAAACACAAGGCCUUGAAGUCAUCUCAAGCAUUCUUUUCUAAAUUACAAGAUCAAGUAAGGAUGCAAAUCAGUGAUACAAAGAAAAGAGAAAAAAACAAAAAGGAGAAAACGCAUGACCUUUCUAUUCAUAAAUUAAAACUGUGA